CGAAGCUUUUACAUUUUGCUGUUACUUACAUGCAUUAUUUCAACGUUACACUUCGUAAAGAGUUAUUGAAAACUUUAUGGUUACUUUCAAAUACUAAAACAAAACAAAAUUGGUAUUCUACAACAUGGCAUCAAAUAACCAAUUUGUAACAUUUAAUAAUGAUGAAAAGUAUCCAAUUUUAGGAUUUGGAACAUGGAAGUCGAAACCUGGUGAAGUUGAAGAAGCAGUGAAAGUUGCGAUUGAUACAGGUUACAGACAUUUUGAUUGUGCGAUGUUUUAUGGAAAUGAAAAAGAAAUAGGAGAUGCUAUUAAUCAGAAAAUUAAUGAAGGUGUAGUAGUUCGUGAAGACUUGUUUAUUACUAGUAAAUUAUGGAAUAUUUUUCAUCAACCUAAUAUUGUUGAAACAGUGUUGAAAAAAACUUUAUCGGAUUUACAAGUUGAAUAUUUGGAUUUAUACUUGAUACACUGGCCUAUGGCUUUCAAAGAAGGCGGAUUAAAUGAUGAUUUUAUUCCCAAAGACGAUAAUGGCGCCACGAUUGAAGGUAAUGGCUCAUACAUUGACACAUGGAAAGCUAUGGAAGAAUUGGUAGAAAAUGGUCUAACAAAAUCAAUAGGUGUAUCAAAUUUUAAUAAAAAUCAAAUACAAAAAAUAUUAGAAAUAGCUACUGUGAAACCUGUAAACAAUCAAGUUGAAUGCCAUCCUUAUUUAACUCAAAAAAAAUUAAAAGAAUUUUGUGACCAACACAAUAUAAUAUUAACUGCAUAUAGUCCACUAGGGAGUCCAGAUAAUCCAUGGAAAAAACCCGAAGACCCAACUCUCUUAGAAGAUCCGAAAAUCAUGGAAAUCGCAGAAAAAUAUCAUAAAACUUCAGCUCAGAUCUUAAUAAAAUAUCAAAUUCAAAGAGGAAUUAUGGUUAUUCCGAAAUCAGUAACCAAAAGUCGUAUUGAAUCCAAUUUUGAUGUAUGGGACUUUGAACUUGAACAAGAUGAUAUUGAUCAAAUUGAUACAUUUGAUUGCAAUGCUCGUUUUGUGCACAUGAAAGGGAACAUGCAUUUUAAGGAUUAUCCAUUCAAUGAUGAAUAUUAAAUAAAUAGUGAUUCGGUAUUUUAUUAGAUACACAUCAACAC